AUGAUUGAAUAUUUAGAAAAGUCUUUUUCCAUCUCUCUUUUUAGUACUAAAAAAUCUGACUAUUUGUUGAUACAUUAUCUCUGUCUUUCUUUUUCCUUUCUUCCUCUCUCCUUCUGUCUCUUGCCUUUCUUUCUCCCUCCCUCUCCUUUUUUCUUUCUCUCCCUCCCUCUCCUUUUUUCUUUCUCUCCCUCCCUCUCCUUUUUUCUUUCUCUCCCUCCCUCUCCUUUUUCUUUCUCUCCCUCCCCUCCUUUUUUCUCUCCCUCCCUCUUUUUUUUCUCUCUCCCUCUUUCCUUUCUUUCUUUCUUUCUUUCUUUCUUUCUUUCUUUCUUUCUUUCUUUCUUUCUUUCUUUCUUUCUCUGUCUCUAUCUUUUUCCUUUCUUUCUCUGUCGCUUUUCUUUCUUUUUCCUAUCUUUUUUUUCUUUCUCUCUCUAUAUCUUUUUCCUUUCUUUCUCUCUCUCUCUCUCUCUUCCUUUCUUUCUCUCUCUCUCUAUCUCUUCCUUUCUUUCUCUCUCUCUCUAUCUCUUCCUUUCUUUCUCAAUCUCUUCCUUUCUUUCUCAAUCUCUUCCUUUCUUUCUCUCUUUCUUUCUUUCUUUUUUUUUCUUUAUCUCUUCCUUCCUUCCUUCCUUUUUUCUUUUUUUUCUUUCCCUCUUUCACUUUCUCUCUCUCUUUCCUUUUUUCUCCUUUUCUUUUUCUUUGUUUUCCCUCUCUUUCUCCUUUCUCUCUCUCCUCUUUCUCCUUUCUCUCUCUCCUCUUUCUCCUUUCCUCCCCACUCUCUCUCUUUCCUUUCCCCUCUUUCUCAUUUCUUUUUCUCCCUUUCUUUCUUUGGCUUUCUUUCUCCCUUUCUCUCAAUUUUUUCGUUCUCCUUCUCUUUCUCAUUUUCCUUUCUUUUACUCUCUCUCUCUCUCUCUCUCUUUUUCUCCAUCCCUCUCUUUUCCUUUUUCUCCAUCUCUCUCUUUUCCUUUUUCUCCCUCUCUUUUUCCUUUUUUCUUGCUCUCUCUCUUUCUGUUCUCUCCCCCUUCUCUCUUUUCCGUUCUCUCCCCCUUCUUUUUUUUCCGUUCUCUCCCCCUUCUCUUUUUUCCGUUCUCUCCCCCUUCUCUCUUUUCCGUUCUCUCCCCCAUCUCUCUUUUCCAUUCUCUCCCCCUUCUCUCUUUUCCGUUUUCUCCCUCUCUCUCUCCAUUCUUUCUUUCUUUAUCACUCCUUUUGUUCCCCUUUACCUCUCCCUCUUUUUCGCCUUGCUCUCUUUUUCUUUCUUUCUUCCUUUUCCUUCCCACUUUCUAUCUUCUUUUUUUCCUUUCUAUCUUCACUUUUUCUUCCCAAUUCUCUAUCUUCACUCUUUUUCUUCCCACUUUCUAUCUUCACUUUUUUCUUCCCCUUUCUAUCUUCUUUCUUUUUUCUUCCCACUUUCUAUCUUCACUCUUUUUCUUCCCACUUUCUAUCUUCACUCUUUUCUUCCCACUUUCUAUCUUCCUCUUUUUUCUUUCUAUCUUCACUCUUUUUUCUUCCCACUUUCUAUCUUCUCUUUUUCUUCCCACUUUUCUAUCUUCCUUUUUUCUUCCCACUUUCUAUCUUCACCUUUUUCCUUCCCAUUUUCUAUCUUCCUUUUUUUUCUUCCCACUUUCUAUCUUCUUCAUUUUUUUCCUUCUUUCUAUCUUCACUUUUUUUCUUCCCACUUUCUAUCUUUUUUUUCUUCCCCUUUUCUAUCUUCUUUUCUUUUUCCUUCCCACUUUCUAUCUUCCUCUUUUUCUUCCCACUUUCUAUCUUCACUUUUUCCUUUUUUAUCUUCACUCUUUUCCUUCCCACUUUCUAUCUUCACUCUUUUCCUUCCCACUUUCUAUCUUCACUCUUUUUCCUUCCCACUUUCUAUCUUCACUUUUUCCUUCCCACUUUCUAUCUUCACUCUUUUUUCUUCCCACUUUCUAUCUUCACUCUUUUUUCUUCCCACUUUCUAUCUAUCUUUUUUUUUCCUUCCCACUUUCUAUCUUCACUCUUUUUUCUUCCCAUCUUUCUUUUAUCUUCCUUUUUUCUUUUCCUUUUUUCCCUUCCCACUUUCUAUCUUCACUCUUUUCCUUCCCACUUUCUAUCUUCACUCUUUUCCUUCCCACUUUCUAUCUUCACUCUUUUCCUUCCCACUUUCUAUCUUCACUCUUUUUCUUCCCACUUUCUAUCUUCACUCUUUUUCUUCCCACUUUCUAUCUUCACUCUUUUUCUUCCCACUUUCUAUCUUCACUCUUUUUCUUCCCACUUCUAUCCUCUUUUUUCUUCCCACUUUCUAUCUUCACUUUUUUUUCUUCCCACUUUCUAUCUUCACUCUUUUUCUUCCCACUUUCUAUUUUCACUCUUUUUCUUCCCACUUUCUAUCUUCACUUUUUUUUUCCCUUCUAUUCACUCUUUUUUCUUCCCUUUUCUAUCUUCACUCUUUUUCUUCAUUGUGACUUUUUCAACUCUUUCUUUCUUCACUCUUUCUUUCUAACUUUCUUUUUCAUUCUCUUUCUUUUUUCUCACUUUCUCUUUUCACUCUUUCAUAUUUGA